AUGCAAAACGCUGCCACCAAGUCUCGCGCUGCUCCGACCACCAAACAAGCAGAUCUCGACCUUUCCUUGAAGCAUUCUCCAGUUCGAUGGUCGACACAUACGCUUGCCGCUGAUCCUCAUGACACGAUCCGCAGCCGCGCUGACUCGACCACCUCGACCUGCGUCGAUACUUUUGCGCAUCGUCGCCGGAAUCGCGUCAGCGACCUCACGUUUGUGGACCUUCUGGACGACGCCCCGCAAACCCUUCUGGCUCGAUCGGAGAGCCAUGCAUCGAGCCUCAAUGAUCUAUCUGCCACUCUCAACAAUGACGAGGACGAACAGAUGGCCGAUCUAUCCGACUUAACCAAGUUCAAAGCUGUCUUGACGGAUGCAAACCAUAUCGACGCGCUUCACACACCACAUUCAUGCACCGACCCACAGCACCACAAUGACAACGACGACGAUUUUGACGAUGAUGAUGACGUCAUGACACAAAGGAUAGACAGGCUCAUGGCUGCCACCAUGGAGGCGCUUGAGGCUUCCAAUCGCCUUGUCCUCGACACGCUCUCGUCUCGCGCCAAGCUUGCACAACUCAACGCCAUGGAAGCGGCUCUGGACUCGCAUCUCGAUGCUCGAGAAGCGCAUCUACGACGACAGAUCCAAGCCGUUACAGACAUGACCGACUUUGUCUCAAAGACUUCCGCAGAGUUGCAAAAGCUCACUUCGCCUGCAAGUGGCAUGCGUCAUCCUUCCGUUGGUGCGUCUACGAGCCAGCUAACCACUCUCGCUGAUCCGGCAGAGGUUCACGUGCGAGAUGCAGCGGCGACAGGCAUCGUACAAGCGCUCGAUCGAGACGCAACCAUCGGCAAGACAGCCGCCAAACGACUCGAGCGCAUGCUCCAGACUCCCUCUCCCACUGCUUCGCCACCCUCUGCGGUCGCAGCACAACGACGAAACAACAGUAGUUCCAGCAGACGUGCCUUCUCUAUCUCCAACUUCAGCUCCGUGCAGUCGAGCAUUGCAGAAGAGACGACACCCCAGAAAGCUGCAACUUCGAACGCCAUUUCCGGCUCACGUCGCCCGUCGUCGGAGUUAGCAGCUAUUACACCGUCCAGCAGCAGCACAACGACGCCUCAGAAGAAACGCUCGGUUAGCCACGACACUCGCGCAUCUGGCGCCAUGAAGCUCAUGACCAAGCUCGGUGCUCCCACCAUGGCCUCGACUUCGGGCCCUGUCUCGAGCCUGACAGUGUCCAACGGCCCUGCGUUAGUCGCCGGAACAACGAUCGCAGCAGAAAGGUCUCGGGUGGAUGCUACCGACUCGGACGGCUCGAGGCAGCCGCCGAUGCGGCCUUCGUUGAUGGCCACCCUCCGGCCGGAUGUUUCGUCUGCACCUUCAGAGCCCACCCUGCUCUCAAAGGCAACAGUUCGCGAAGACAACGCUAUGCGGCCGCCGACGAGAAGGAGUGCGCCUGGCCAACCGAGCUACGCUACCUCUUCCACCUCCAAGUCGUCUGCGGCUGUAGGCGUAGCAUCCACCGUGGCCGAAUCGACGCUGGCAGCUCUACUUGGAAUGCCCUCGGCCGUCGCAUCAACAUCCUCGCGCACCGAAACGCCGUCUGAUUCGUCGUACUUUGACAGCGCGAUGGAAGAUUCGAUUUCUUCAGCAUCGCCUCCGACUCCUGGCAGCAUGCACGCCAUCCAUGAUGUUCUCUCUACGCCUUGGAAGCCUGGAAGCGACAACCAAGACCACGACAGCAAUGAUUUGCCCAGCCAGCAGCAACGAUCGGCCCGACGUGCCUCGGUCUACUCGAAUCUGGUCAGCCCGACGGCAUCGCUCUCGCUCUCGCUUUCGGAUCGGGAUCGAGCACAUCAAUUGUCGUCGCAGCUGUCUGAGCUGCGUGCUGAGCGCGUGAUGUGGAACGCGAACUCCAUCAGGCCUGAUGAAUCUGGCACGGCUAGCGGCUCGACCUCGGGAGCUGGUGCUGGCGGCGGCGGAGCGCUUCGUGCCUUGCAAAAGCUCAACGAAAGGUCGGCGGCCAAGAUCGCCGGUCAUAGCGGUGCAUCCGCAGACGAAGGUGGCAGCAAGCGUGCCUCGCUCGGCCUCGGACUCCCAAGCUUCUCCGCUUUGCGGCCCAGUGCGAGUCGCUCCGUCUCGACGAGCACAGCAUCGGCGCCGACGUCCACAGCCACUCCGUAUUCGGCUGCUAAGGAACCUUCUGCUCCGGCACCGGUGCCAUCAGCAGACACCUUGAAGGCUGCGGUUGACGGACCUGCGAGUGCGGCGGAUACUAGACCAGCAGCCGAGGUAUCAUCUUCGUCCUUGUCGGGCGGAGGCUGGCGCUCAUGGGCAUCCUGGAGUGCACCAGCUGCGGUCGCCAAUGAAGAGGCGACGACUACACAGAAGUGA